AUGGCUAGUUCGAUUGCAAGCAACCAUAAUCAAGAUGAUCUUCAAUCAAUUCAACACCAAAUUCAUGAGAAAAAAACAAGUAUUCUUGAUUCAACUCGCCGUAUGCUUGGUUUAAUUAAUGAAUCUGAAUCUGUUGGAGUAAACACUGCUGCUGAAUUAGUUGAACAACGAGAAAAAUUAGAAAAUAUUGAAAAACGUUGUGAUGGUAUUGAUGCUAAUCUUGUUAAUGCACAACAAAAUAUAAAUAAAUUAAAUUCAAUAUUUGGUGGUAUUAAAAAUUAUUUUCAUCCACCAAAAACUUCAUUUCCAAAAUCAGUUUCACAACCACAAUUAAGUAAUACAGGUAAAAAGAAAACAGCUACAGCACAACAAAUUCCAGCAACAGCUGUAAAUACACGACCAACAAAUGUAAAAGAUGAUACUGAUACUUAUUUUGGAAAAUCACGUAGUGCUAUGGAUGAUAUUGAACGUGAAACUGACGAUGGACUUCAUGAUAUACAUCAAGGUGUUAAUCGUCUAAAAUUACUUGCUUUACAAAUGAACGAUGAACUUGAAAGUCAAGUACCUUUAACAGAACGUCUUGGUAAAAAAAUUGAUGUACUUAAUGAAAGUGUAACCAAAAAGAAUAAAGAUAUGAAAACAAUCUUAUUGCGUUAA